UCACCGGUGGAAUUGUAAACGCGCGCUCAAAACGCCCGUCGCCAUAUUGUUAUUUAUUUGCAAGCCGUGCGUUCCGUCGCAAUUGUGCCGUCCGGUGUCGAUCCAGCUGUAAAGGCAUGUGGGAAGCGAAUUCCGUGCUGCUAGUUUUCUUGUGCGCCUGAUAAAAGUCAGCUUACGUGUUUCUAUGGUGUUUGUAUCGCUGGACGAUUUGCAAAAAGUGCUUGUCCAAAGCCAGCUUCGAUGUGAAUGACAGUUUGCGGAGACGCUGGUAGCACUCAUUGGUUGGAGCGUGUUGUUAAAGCGAAACUUGUUCAGCUUCCACGCUUGUAUCGGCUACAUAAAUACGUAAACGGUGCCUACGGUUUCGUUUCCCAGAGUAAAAAGUACCGGUGAAAUAGAAUCACCCAGCAGCAGCAUCGUAAGAUGGCAAACAUCGUGCUGGACAAAGACUGCUUCUUCCGGCGGAUAAAGCGGCUGUACGCAAACUGGAAGGAUCCGGAAUUCAAUCAUGAUGAUGCGCUGUCGAAGGUAGACUGCAUAAUGACAGCGGUAGGUGUGGAUGAGGAAACGUUCUACAGCAAGUCGACGUCACUGCAAACUUGGCUGUUCGGCUAUGAGCUAACCGACACGAUCAGUAUAUUUUGCGAAAAUGCCAUCCUGUUUCUUACCAGCAAGAAGAAGAUUGAAUUUCUGAAACAAAUUGAGAAAGAUUCGGAAGACGGUCUGCCACCGAUACGGUUGCUCGUUCGUGACAAGAAUGACAAGGAUAAAGCAAACUACGAGAAGCUGUACGACGCGAUGAAGGGUUCGAAAGCAGGUAAGACGGUCGGUGUGUUCACGAAGGAUAACUUCCCGGGCGAGUUCUGUGAGAAUUGGCGCGCAUUCCUGAAGGAUAAGCACCUCACCAAUGUUGACAUAAGUGUGCCGAUGGGAUACAUCAUGUGCCCGAAGGAGGACUCGGAACUGUCGACGAUCAAGAAAGCCUGUCUCGUGACGAUCGACGUGUUUAACAAGUAUCUAAAAGAUCACAUCAUGGAAAUUAUCGAUGCGGAUAAGAAAGUGAAGCACGUGAAACUAGCGGAAGGGGUGGAAUCUGCCCUUACGGAUAAGAAGUAUGUAAGCGGGGUGGACACGAACCAGCUAGAUAUGUGCUAUCCUGCCAUCAUUCAAUCCGGUGGCAACUACAGCCUCAAGUUCAGUGCGUUCAGUGACAAAAACUAUUUACACUUCGGAUCGAUCAUCUGUGCGCUCGGGGCACGGUACAAAUCGUACUGCUCGAAUAUCGUACGCACGCUGCUGGUUAAUCCGACCGACACCAUCCAGAAGCACUACAACUUUCUGCUCAACCUGGAGGAGGAACUGUUGAAAAAUCUCGUACCCGGCAAGCGCCUUUCCGAGGUGUACGAUAUGGGGCUCGAGUAUGCCAAAAAGGAGGAACCGAAGCUAGUGGACAAGCUGACGAAAACGUUCGGCUUUGCGACGGGGCUUGAGUUUCGCGAGAAUUCAAUAACGAUCAGUCCGAAGUGUGUGGCCGUGCUGAAGAAGGGCAUGGUGUUCAGCCUGAAUGUGGGGCUGGCUGGGCUAGAAAACUCGGAAGCAUCGGAUAAGGAGUCGAAGGUGUACGCACUGUUCAUCGGUGAUACCGUGCUGGUGACGGACGAAUCGCAAGCCGUCGUAUUGACACAGUCGAAGAAAAAGAUCAAAAACAUCGGCAUCUUCCUGAAGGACGACGAUGACGAUGAUGAGGAGGAGGAGGAAAAGGAUACGGAACCGGGGCCGGAAAUUUUGGGCCGCAGCGGCAAACGUUCGACCGUGCUGGAGAGCAAACUGCGCAAUGAGCAAAGUUCGGAGGAAAAGCGUAAACAGCACCAGAAGGAGCUGGCCAUCGCUCUGAACGAGAAGGCGAAGGAGCGGUUGGCCAAACAGGCCGGUGGUAAGGAGGCGGAAAAGGUACGCAAAUCAACCGUUUCGUACAAAAGUGUCAAUCAGAUGCCGCGCGAACAGGAAGUGAAGGAACUGAAGCUGUAUGUGGAUCGCAAGUAUGAAACGGUCAUCAUGCCGAUCUUCGGUGUUCCGGUUCCGUUCCACAUUUCCACCAUUAAGAACAUUUCCCAAUCGGUUGAGGGAGACUACACGUAUCUGCGUAUUAAUUUCUUCCAUCCGGGAGCCACGAUGGGUCGUAAUGAGUCCGGAAUGUAUCCAAAUCCCGAUGCGACGUUUGUGAAAGAGGUUACCUACCGGUCAACAAAUACGAAAGAACCGGGUGAAAUAGCGGCACCAUCGUCCAACCUUAACACGGCAUUCCGGCUUAUCAAGGAGGUACAGAAGCGCUUCAAGACGCGCGAAGCCGAGGAACGCGAAAAGGAAGAUUUGGUUAAGCAGGACACACUGGUGAUGUCACAAAACAAGGGUAACCCCAAGCUGAAGGAUCUCUACAUUCGACCAAACAUCGUCAGCAAGCGUAUGACCGGUUCGCUGGAGGCACACGUCAAUGGUUUCCGCUACACAUCCGUGCGCGGUGAUAAGGUGGACAUUCUGUACAACAACAUCAAGAGCGCAUUCUUUCAACCGUGCGACGGUGAGAUGAUCAUUUUGCUACACUUCCACCUGAAGCACGCGAUCAUGUUCGGCAAGAAGAAGCACCUGGACGUGCAGUUCUAUACGGAGGUGGGUGAAAUUACGACCGAUCUCGGCAAGCACCAGCACAUGCACGAUCGGGACGAUCUGGCAGCGGAGCAGGCGGAGCGUGAACUACGGCACAAGCUUAAGACGGCAUUCAAAAGCUUCUGCGAGAAGGUGGAAAUGAUGACAAAACAGCAAAUCGAGUUCGAUACACCCUUCCGGGAGCUGGGCUUCCCGGGGGCACCGUUCCGCAGCACAGUAUUACUGCAGCCGACAUCCGGCAGCUUGGUGAAUCUAACCGAAUGGCCCCCGUUCGUCAUUACGCUGGAAGACGUCGAGCUGGUACACUUCGAGCGCGUCCAGUUUCACCUGCGCAAUUUCGAUAUGAUAUUCGUGUUUAAAAACUACCAACAGAAGAUCGCGAUGGUAAAUGCGAUACCGAUGAACAUGCUCGAUCACGUGAAGGAGUGGCUAAAUUCAUGCGACAUUCGCUAUUCGGAAGGUAUACAGUCACUGAAUUGGGCCAAGAUCAUGAAAACCAUCACGGACGAUCCGGACGGGUUCUUUGACAGUGGUGGCUGGACGUUCCUCGAUCCGGAAUCGGAAGGUGAGGGCGAGGCAAACAGUGAAACGGAAGAUGAGGAGGACGAUGCGUACGAACCAACCGAUGAUGAUGAUGAGGAAGAGUCCGAUUCUGAAGAUUAUUCCGAAGCAUCCGAGGACGAUGGUACUGGAAGCGAAGAAGAUCUUGGUUCGGACGAGGAGUCUGGUAAGGAUUGGUCUGAUCUGGAGCGGGAAGCAGCCGAAGAGGAUCGAAACCGCGAAAAGGAUGAUUAUGUGGAUCGUAAUUCGACGAAGAAACGGUCCCAUCAUAGCUCGUCCAAGCAUGGCAGCAGUCGGGAUAAGAGUCACAAGGAUAAACACAAUGAUAAGCAUCGCAGCAGCGGAAGCAACAGCAAACACAACAGCAGUAGCAAGCGCUCGCGAGACGACAGCCGUGAUAGUAACCACCAUCACAAGAGCAAGAAAUCGCGAAAAUAAACAACGAACGAAGGAAUUCUCAUGCUUUCCGGUAGAGAGAGUAUACGAUUAUCAUACCGUACGGUGGUUUAUUUUCGCUGUUCGUUUCCCGGUACAGUAUAGUGCGAUAAGGUUGAUUUUUUUUUAUUAGUAUCGAUACAAUUCCACAUAUUUCGCCCUCUCUUUUCUUUGUUAAAGAAAGCUUGAUUUGUACAAUUUAGAAUGUUGUGCAUGGUGAGCAAGUUAACUUAAAACUCAACAUUAGCAUAGGAAUUCUUCAUCCCUAAUCCCCCAAAAGCUGAACAUGAUCCCCAUAUCCGGCUACUACUGUGUUUUGUUUUGCUCUCCGUGAGGUGGCUGGUUCCCCCUUCAAAACGAUAGAUUGUACUAGCAAUAGUUUCAUUUUUGUCCAUACUCAUAUUGUUCAUUUACUUUGAUGAAUUCCAACCUCAGAAGACGACAUGUUGCAAAUGUUAAAUUGUCAUGCAUCCUUCGGAUAAAACAAAUCAAACAGCAGGAGAAAAGAAAUAGCAGUGAACAUUAUCCCGUAUAUCUUAUUGAUUGCAUACAUGAAAAGUAGAAUAUACACGUAAAUGGUAAAUAUAUAUAUAUGUCAUCCUUAUGGAUAGCAAAA